AUGUUGUUCGCUAAACUGAGCAGCAGGUUAACUUUAACCACCUGCUGUAACUACUUCCUCCAAAACCAAACAACCGGAACUAUAAAUGGUUUCCACUCGAAGUCUGCUGUGCUGAGAAGGUUGUUAUGCAGCCAGAGUCCAAUAUGUUCAUCUGUAAAACGACAAGAAAAACGUGUGACUGGGAAAAGGUCGUUCAGCCUUUCUGCUGCUUCUGUCGUGGAUUCAGCACCAGCUGCUGUUCAGCCAUACCUGCGACUCAUGAGGCUGGACAAACCCAUCGGAACAUGGCUGCUGUACCUUCCUUGCACAUGGAGUAUUGCUCUGGCUGCAGAACCUGGAUGUCUCCCAGACCUGGGCCUGCUGGCUCUGUUUGGUACAGGUGCUCUGCUCAUGAGGGGGGCUGGCUGCACCAUCAACGACAUGUGGGAUAAAAACUUUGACAAACAAGUGUCCCGGACAGCGUCCCGCCCCAUCGCAGCAGGGCAGAUUUCCCGAAUGCAGGCAGUAGUUUUCCUCGGAGGACAGCUGUCUCUUGCACUUGGGGUUCUUUUGUGCCUCAACUACUACAGCAUAGCUCUGGGUGCCUCAUCUUUGAUUCUUGUCAUCACCUAUCCAUUAAUGAAGAGAAUCACUUAUUGGCCUCAGUUUGUGUUGGGGCUGACUUUUAACUGGGGGGCUCUGCUCGGCUGGUCCGCUGUGAAGGGCUCGUGUGAUUGGUCCGUGUGUCUCCCGCUGUAUUUCUCAGGAGUGAUGUGGACGCUGAUAUAUGACACCAUAUACGCUCAUCAGGACAAAGAUGAUGACCUUAAGGUUGGGGUAAAAUCCACUGCUCUAAAGUUCCAGGAGCAAACCAAACUCUGGCUGAGUGGUUUCACGUUGGCCAUGAUGGCAGGGCUGGUUGUAGCCGGCGUCAACGCCGAACAAACUCUGCCUUACUACGCUGCACUGACCACUGUGGCCGGUCACCUCACACACCAGAUUUACAAAGUGGACAUCAACAGAGCAGACGACUGCUGGAAGCAGUUUAGCUCCAACAGAAACCUGGGACUCUUGUUGUUUUUAGGCAUCGUUGCAGGAAAUUUGUGGAAAGAAUAAAGUCGGGCGCUGCAGCAAGAUGAAGUAA